AUUUGUUCACUAAAUGAAGUGAGUUUGAACUGCACCUCCUGUCUUCGCCUUCCUUGGGACCAGCUGUGGUGCCUGCGGCAGGGUGGUCGGCCUUUGGAGAGUGCUGACCUGGGGGCCAAAGUUGUGGACCCUGCAUUCUGAUCUGUCAGGUCUGCGCUAAAAUCUACGUUCCUUUUGCAGUCUCCAGUUCCAAGAGCCUUUCCAGUCCUCAGGACAGAAACGCCGGCUGCUCCACAGUCAAGUUUACCAGCCGCUCCAUGGUCAAGCUCGCUGGCUGCUCCACGGUCAAGCCAAUUCACUCCCAAGCCCUGAUAACAGGAGCUAUCUCCUUAACAUCAGCCAAAAAGGGAGAAUGAGGAGGAAAAGACUGUUGGCUCUAGCCACUGACCAGAGUCGUGAGAUGGCUUUAGCCCCUGACCAGAAUCAUGAGAUGGCUCUAGCCAUCUAGUCCGCUCCCACUCAAUUCACAAAGCUCAACAAGGCGCCAAACCCUCCUUCAUCUCCUCAGUCUCCAUCGCCUCCGCUGGUCCCUUCCAGCCCUCCUUCAUCUCCUGAGUCUCCUUCGCCUCCACUGGUCCCAUCCAGCCCUCCUUCAUCUCCUCUUCCCACGUCAAGCCCUGGGAGGGCUCUUGUUCCCAUGUCCGGCCCAGAGAGGGCUGUUGUUCCCACGUCAUGCCCAGAGAGGUCUUGUGUCCCCAAGUCCAGCCAGGAGAGGGCUUUUGAGCCCAGCCCAGAGCCGGUCCCAGCCAGGGGACUCAGAGUCAAUAAAUUUCUGGUUGGGGGUUAUACGUCUCCGGCUGAAGUGGCCAGGCCAAUUGCCAAGGCCACGGAGGCUGUCCAGCCAUGGCCCUCUGAACUACCUGUUUCGCCAUGGUUUCCUGAACCGCCUGCUCCGCUAUGGCCUCCUGGACUGCCUGUUCUGCUAUGGCCUCCUGAACUGCCUGCUCCGUCAUGGCCUCCUGAACUGCUUGCUCUGCCAUGGGUCCCUGAACUGAUACCACCCUGGAGGCCUCCCGUCCUGUACAAGACUGUCCCUAGAGGCCUCCAGAGUGCCCACCCCCCUCCCCUCUGGAAGUUAAGUAGCGCGAAACUUGUGUUCCUGUUUUGUGUUUCUCCCCAUGUGCUUCCCGUGACCCAGUUUCUCCAUCUCGAUUUGAUUAAUCAUUUGGUUCAAGUGUGUCCCAUUAAUUCUCAUUUGUCUAUGUAUUUAAGCCCCAGUCUGUUCAGUCUUUGGUGUUCCAGUCACCAUUAUGUUAUGCUGUGUUUUUCCCUUACCAUUCUGCCCAUGUUCUAAGUUUGUUCAUUAAAUGAAGUGAGUUUGAACUGCA